AGUCCUUGCACUGGGUGGUGUUUUGGGGUUGAGUCCUUGCACUGGGUGGUGUUUUGGGGUUCAGUCCUUGCACUGGGUGGUGUUUUGAGGUUAAGUAAUUUCACUGGAUGGUGUUUUGGGGUUGAGUCAUUUCACUGGAUGGUGUUUUGAGGUUAAGUAAUUUCACUUGAUGGUGUUUUGGGGUUGAGUCCUUUCACUGGAUGGUGUUUUGGGGUUGAGUCCUUUCACUGGAUGGUGUUUUGGGGUUGAGUUCUUUCACUGGAUGGUGUUUUGGGGUUGAGUCCUUUCACUGGAUGGUGUUUUGGGGUUGAGUCAUUUCACUGGAUGGUGUUUUGGGGUUGAGUCCUUUCACUGGAUGGUGUUUUGGGGUUGAGUCCUUUCACUGGGCGGUGUUUUGGGGUUGAGUCCUUUCACUGGGCGGUGUUUUGGGGUUGAGUCCUUUCACUGGAUGGUGUUUUGGGGUUGAGUCCUUUCACUGGGCGGUGUUUUGGGGUUGAGUCCUUUCACUGGGUGAUGUUUUGGGGUUGAGUCCUUUCACUGAGGCCUGUAUCUUGCUGUAUCUUACAAUGAACACUCUACCAACUUUACUUACUUAAAAUUCCUUUUUGUCUCAUUUACUUUGUCCCGGUGAACUACUUACAAAAAUAUAUACAGAGGUAGCAGCUGAUCAGCAGAUAAUGUUACAGCAGGACACAUAUUGUAACAGGUUUCCACCGAAUAGGUCUUGUUCAGGUAGUGUUGAUAACAUUUGUAAUUUGUGUUAUGUCCAGGCAUCACAGGGAUUAAUUUUUCUACACCUCCAUAAAAUCCGUUCUCGGAACUCAUCGUGGAUAUGGAUUCUGUGUAUCAGUAUUUAGGAUAUCCAGCACAAGUCAACGACGAUUCAGAGACUUCAAGCAGGGAUCAUCUAUGGCUGUACGGCGUGGGUACCUUCGUGGUUCUGUGGACGCUAGGCUGGCUGUACAGAGACAGUCUGGAGAUAGAGGAUAUCAAGGAGAAGUAUGUGUUUGUGACGGGGUGUGACUCUGGCUUUGGGAACUUGCUCUGUAAGAGGCUGGACCGGCGGGGGUUCAGGGUGAUAGCUGGGUGUCUGACAGAGAAAGGGGCUGAUGAUCUGAAGAGGGCGACUGGGCCGUACCUGAAGACGGUUCUCCUAGACGUGACGAGCACCGGCAGUAUACAGAAAGCCAUGGAGUACACCAAGCAGGAGGUUGGAGAUAACGGACUGUGGGGCAUCGUGAACAACGCGGGGCGCUCCCUGCCCAUGGGUCCCUCAGAGUGGAUGAGGCUGGAGGACUAUACCAGUACCCUGAAGGUGAACAUGACGGGGGUGAUAGAGAUGACCCUCACCUUCCUGCCUCUCAUCAAACAGGCCCAGGGGAGGAUUGUGAACGUGGCAUCAGUACUGGGUAGAGUGGCAGCUAACGGUGGGGGAUACUGCAUCUCUAAAUUUGCUGUGGAGUCUUUCUCAGACUGCCUCAGGAGGGAUAUCCACUACUUCGGGAUCAGGGUGUGCAUCAUUGAACCAGGUUUCUUUAAGACAGCGGUUACCAGUCUGGAUCCCAUCGAGAGAGAGCUGCAUCGCCUGUGGAACCAGCUCACACCUGAAGUAAAGGCCAGCUACGGAGACAAAUACCUGGAUAAUUACAUCCAGAUCCAACGGUUGAUCAUGAACGCAGUGUGUGACUCGGACCUGAGUAAAGUGACUAACUGCAUGGAGCAUGCCUUGGCGUCUGCCUACCCCCGAACCCGCUACAGUGCCGGCUGGGACGCUAAAUUCGGAUGGAUCCCCCUCUCUUACAUGCCAUCCUGUGUCAUCGAUAUUGGGCUGAAACUGGUGAUGCCGCGUCCUGCUAAGAGUGUCUAGAGUUAAUUAGCAUACAAUACAUUGCAAUAUAAUACAAUAUAAACCAAUACUAUACAGUACAAUACUAAAGAAUACAAAACAAUAUAUUGUUUGAGUUCAAAUGUACAGAACGUCUGUGUUUUAAAGCUAGAUGAUGUCCUAUAGUUUUGAGAGAAAACAUGGAAUAUUUGAAUAAUUUUGGUGUUUGCCAACCUACUGUGCCUUUUCUUAACCAUUAAUUAUGUUGCUUAACUUUGAGCAAUAUUCUUAACUUUGUUAGCACAAUCUUUAUUAAACGUUCCUACAAGCAGUUUUUUUUUUUUUUUAACUGCCUUAUUGGUUAAGGACUCGUCAGUAAGCAUUUCACUGUAAAGUCUACUACACCUGUUGUAUUCAGCGCAUGUGACUAAUAAAAUUUGAUUUGAUUCGAAUAACCCUCAUAUUCAAUAAGGCUGUUCUUAUAGAAAUAACUGAUGUCCAUUAUAUGAACACAAAUAAUAAAAUGAGACC